UCGACAGUGAAGGCAGCGAAAAUAUGAGCGACAACGUGUGCACAAUCUCGCGAAAGGACUGACAGUCAUAUCGUUUCGCGAGAAUAGCACCAGAAGGACAAUCGCAGCAGCGAAAGGCGGUACCAUACGGGCCGACAAAGUGACGAAGGGCCAGGCGAGCGAAGCCUUGGUGUCAGGCGCGUCGUCGUCAGACUUCGGUGGUAGUGACAACGAGAUGUCAUCGACGAUGGCGCCGGCAAUGUCAACGGCACCAGUGGUCACCCCAAACAGCGCCCAACCUAGCAGCCCCGCAAACGGCCCGAUCGUGCCGUCGCCGGUCUUCCUGACGGCUCUGCCAACCCUCGCGUUCACGGCCAAGCAGGUAUCGACGGUCUGUGAGACCCUCGAGGAGUCGGGUGAUAUAGAGCGGCUUGCGAGGUUCCUCUGGAGUCUGCCCGUCGCCCUGCCCAACUUCCAGGAACUCAACAACAGUGAGGCCGUCCUGAGGGCCCGAGCGAUCGUCGCUUUUCAUUCGGGCCACUACCGCGAACUAUACUCGAUACUGGAAAGGCACAAGUUCACCAAGGACUCGCACGGCAAGCUCCAGGCCAUGUGGCUCGAGGCCCACUAUCAGGAGGCCGAAAAGCUGCGUGGCAGGCCGCUCGGGCCGGUCGACAAGUAUAGAGUCCGAAAGAAAUAUCCACUGCCGAGGACUAUAUGGGACGGCGAACAAAAGACCCACUGUUUUAAGGAGCGGACGAGGUCGCUGCUGCGCGAGUGGUACCUGCAGGAUCCCUACCCGAACCCGGGCAAGAAGAAGGAGCUUGCCAUGGCGACAGGUCUAACGCCCACGCAGGUCGGCAAUUGGUUCAAGAACAGGAGGCAGCGGGACAGAGCCGCGGCUGCUAAGAACAGACAGCAGCAACAAUCAGGCAACGGUAACAGUGGCAUGUCGCGGACCCUGAGCCCAAGCCCGGGCAGUGACAGCGAGGACUCGGAUAUAUCGCUAGGCGGGACCUCGCCACCGUCCCCAAGCUUGUCACCUCCGGCAUCGCACCACCACCAGCAGCCAUCGCCGGUGAGCUCACUGAGCUCGGGUGGCAUCGGGCCCAUACCCACGCCGUCACCCAACUUCCGCUUUGACCCAACCCAGUACUCGUUUCGCUUUGCACCAGCCCCAAGCUUCAGCUUUGCACCCCAAAGCUUUCGCUUUUCGCCUCACAGCCCCCAGCACAACCACCACCCGAAGCCCGGAGGGAGUCUCUUCAGGCUCGCGGAAACCAGUCCAUUUCAAGCUGUUGGCCCGCGUGGCGAUCUCGGUACAAGACUGACCGAGCCAAUUGGCCUCCCGCCACCGAGACUCUACCCGCACGAGACGCUUCUUCACCAUCCACAUCCUCAGCACCAGCUGCACCCGGAGCCACUAUCCCGGAUAUCCGAGACCUCACGGCUCUCGGACGGUGGCAUAUCACGGCUAUCGGACAGUCUGUCAGAAGCUGCGCACUCUCCCCCAUUGGUGGCAACGAACCUAUCGGUAACGGGACCACUGAGGGUCGCGGUCCCUAGCCCACACACGCCUUCGUCCCGCAGUAGUCCACCAACGCUGCCGCUGCUGCCCUCGGCCAUGAGCCAGGCCCAUAUGUCGGCCCAGACCGGCCAAGCGCUUCCGCAGACGCAGACACCCCAGGUUGGACUCAUCAGGGUGGCCACGCCGCCCCCGCAGAAUCCCAAACCACACAUCCACCGGCCCUUCUCGCCAGCGUGAUACGUGCGUCCUGCGCUUUAUUAUAGUAUAGGAGACAAGGUCAAGGAGGAAGACGACGAAGACAACAAGUGCUUUGUCGAGCUGCUGUGAGUUCAGUCGUGAGCAAGACUUUUAAUUUUAAGACGAAUUAUUAUUACUAUGGUCAUUGCUAUUAUCAUGAUUAUUAAUAUUAUUUGCAUCAUCGCUGCUAUUAUCGUCGUUUUUGUCGUCAUCAUCAACGGAAAAGAGAUGCGAUCGUUGUAGAAACCGUUCCGUCGGUAGGGUUUAUAUUUAACGAUUUUAAGCGAUGAUGUCAGGGGUGACGUAGGUCGGCGCUCUCGGCAAUUGAAAUAUUCUUCGAUGUGCUUCGGAAACGAUACUUUUUGUCAUACUUGUGGGUCAAUGCGUAUUUUUUGUGGUUCUUGUAGCAUUCAAAGGUCAAUUUUUUCAAUGGCGCUUUUUUUAUGUACAGAAAAUUUUUUUUCAAGAUAAAUGUAUAUUUCAUUCGAAUUUUUUCUAUGUACGAGGGAAAUAAACGAUUCGCUACUUUGUCGUAAAGAGAAUAAUAAUACUGAUAAAAUGAAUAAUAAUAUUGUAUAUCUGAUUAAGAAAAUUUCAAGAAGAUAUCACAUUGAAAAUUACAAGUUCACCACAAAAAUUAAGGCUCACGUGAAAGAAAGUAUUAUAGGAUUUAUUCGAAAAAAUUUUCAGGAAUUUCCGUUACUUAGUGACAGAGUUAUCAAGUGUAUAUUUUUAUAAGACCAGCUCAUAAUUUUUAUUACUUGUAACAGUGAAAAGAACUUAUUACAUUUUCAAACAACGUUGCUUCAUCUAUAAACUACACUGCUCACCAACCUAUUUUUAAUAUGUACCGCUCGAGUGAUUCACUAAAUAUAUAUUUUUGUCAAAUAAUUUAAUGUAACUGUUAUUUUUUUUUGAAAUUUUUUUUCUUUAUAGACAUUUUAACUUUCCAAACAUGUUAGUUAAUACUGUUAACCACUAAACCACCGGGAUACAAGUAAUUUUACGACAUUAUAUAGAAAACUUAUGACUUAUGGAAUCUCUUUGAAGCCUAAGUAUACGUACAUUUAAAAUUCUCUUUUAUAUCAAUUAAACUAAGCUAUUAAAAAAAAAAAUUAAUUUUUCGUACGUUGCAUAUUCAUUCAACAAUAUUUAAUAAUGAUCACGAAGGUACAUUCAAAUAGGUUGUUGAUAUAACAGUUGUUUCUCACAUAGACAAAAAGAAUUGUUUCAUUAAAUUAAAAAAAUUGUUGAUUACUGAUUUCUUUCUGUGUUAGUAAUAUUUAUACAUUGACAAAAAAGCGUUACCAAAACUUUUUUUUUCAUCACUUUUUCCAUCGUGAAAAAGCAACAACAAUAAAUUAGCUUCCAAUUUAUCUUUUGAUAUUUUUCCACCUGAAAAUAACCCGCUUUUAUUUUCAAUUUCAUUUUAAUCUCUAUAUAUCAACAAUUUAUUUUUGUCAAUGUGCAAAAGUUAAAAAAGGCAACUGCGAUGGACAAUUACAGAAUUCGUAAUGGAUUUAUAAAAGUCUCGUCACUUGAAGAUCACCAAAAGAAGUGUAUUACUAUUGAAUAUAAUGAAAUUAUUGCUGAGCUGCGGUUGUAGUGUGUAUAGUUUUUAAACUG